AUGGUGGUGAUGGCCCUGUUUAGGACCAUGUUUGCAAGGUUGAAUGUAAUUUUUGCAAAAUUUGAUGAGGUUCAGAAAUCUGGAAAUAUGAUUCUGUCUUCAGCAGCAGAUAAGAAUUUUGAUGAAGAUGAUUCGACGGAUGGAAAUAGGCCAUCUUCUGCGAGCUCCACGUCUUCAAAAGCUCCAAGUUCACGGCGUACAGUUGGUACCAGUCGUAGACCAGGAUCGUCUGCAGUUGGCUUGAGGACUGGUACAGUCAAAGACGGUGCAGGUGCUGUCGAUGAAGAUGAUUUUAUCCGUGCUUUUGAGGAAGUUCCAACAGUGCAGAUUUUUUCCAACCGAGACCUCGAAGAAUCCUUCAACAAAAUUAGAGAAGUUUUAUCUGAUGAUAAGCAUGAUUGGGAACAGCGAGUAGCUGCGCUCAAAAAAAUCAGGUCUUUAAUGCUAAGUGGAGCGGCAGAAUACGAAUGUUUCUUCCAAAAUCUGCGACUUUUAGAUGGAGCAUUUAAAUUAUCAGCGAAAGAUCUACGAUCACAAGUUGUACGGGAAGCUUGUAUAACAUUGGGGCAUCUGUCAUCUGUUUUGGGAAAUCGUUUUGAUCAUGGUGCAGAAGCUAUAAUGCCAACACUGUUCAAUCUUGUACCUAAUAGUGCCAAAGUCAUAGCAACAUCUGGUAUAGCAGCUAUAAGAUUAAUUAUUCGAUUCAGCGACAGUCACGCUCCACAUUCUUACAUUCUGGAGAAGUCUGCUGUUCUACAGCAUUUGUCAGAGAUGUAUGCAGAUGUCAAGAGAAAAGUUGAGUUCGACAUAUCUGUAACGCCCCCCUCAUUUGAACAGUUCACAAAACAAGAUAAAAUAAUAGUGUUAAAUGAGGGAGAGUUUCCAACACAUGAGAAUGACAAAUUGCCAAGGUCGUGCCAAUUUUCAGCUGCUAAAAUGGAAAACGGUUUUGGAAGCAGUAUCCUUGUUCUUCUGAUCCAAGGCAGCCUGGUCCUGAUCAAUGGAGCUCCUCCAGAACACGAGGGGGCGCGGUGA